AUGUCAUCUAGAUUUACGGCUGCUGGCGGCGCACAUCAAAGAUCCGAUUUAAGAACUCAAUUAUUUAAUACACCAACUCACCAUAAUUUUACAGGAAUACAUAAACAAAAUUUUAAUAAUUCACCAUCACGAUCGCAAUCACAACAAGAAUCUUCAAAUCCACCACUGAGAAACUCAACUGCAUCACCAUAUGAUCAACAACAACCACAACAACAAAAAUAUAAUGAAUCUUUAUUAAAUUCCUUAGAAUCUCAAAAUGAUGAAGAAAUGAAUUCAAUGGGAUUAAAAAUAAAUAUGCUAAAAAAUUUAGGAGAAAAAAUGGGAAUAGAAAUUAAUAAAUCAAAUGUAUUAAAUGAUGAAAUUACAAAUUCUUUUGAAAAGGGGAAAAUAACUUUAAAAAAUACUUAUAAUAAAAUGAUUAUAAUGUCUCAAAAAGCUGGAAUUAGUUGGAAAAUGUGGUUAUUGGUUUUUGCAAUUGUUGGAUUAUUUUUUUUUUACGUUUGGAUACUAUAA